AUGACCUCCAGUGACUGCGAGAGCCACUUUUCGCUGGCAAAUAUUCCGUUUGGAAUAGCUUCGUCGAAAAAGCGCCCUGAGCCCCAGUGCGUCACACGCCUGGCCAAUCAGGUAAUAUUCCUUGACUGCCUUGCUCUGCAGGGGGUGUUUGCGGAAAUACCUGAACUACCCAAGGGAAUUUUCGCAGAGCCGACCCUGAAUACGUUCGCCGCGCUGCCACGAUCUGUCCACCAGAGCGUCAGGCAUGCCAUCCAAAGCGCACUCACGGACCAAAAUACAGAAGCUUCUUGGCGGAACCAUGCAGAACAUACACAGGACGUAACAAUGCACUUGCCUAUCAGCAUAGGCGACUUUACCGACUUCUCUUGCAGUUUGAACCACGUCCAGAAUGCUGGUCAAAUUAUGGUUGGCCAGAAGUCCGCGCCUCCAUCUUUCUACAAGUUUCCAAUGUGCUAUCAAGGACGUGCGAGCUCUGUGGUGGUCUCGGGGACGCCUAUUGAGCGACCUGUCGGGCAUUUCUGGGACAACUCGGAACGACACGCUUCAGCGAAAGAUCCCCCGGUGGUGUUUGGUCCAUCCAGGAAGUUGGACUAUGAGGUUGAAGUGGCAGCGAUUGUCGGAAAGCCACUACCCAUGGGAGCAAGACUCAACGCCACAGAUGCUGAUGAUCAUAUUUUCGGCUUCGUGCUGAUGAAUGAUUGGAGCGCUCGAGAUAUUCAAGCAUUCGAGAUGAUUCCAUUGGGUCCUGUGAAUGGAAAGAACUUUGGCACAUCGAUAUCGCCGUGGGUGAUCUCCUACGAAACCUUGGAACCGUUCAAAACAACUGCACCGAUCACUCAUUCCGAUGUCUCAAUCCACAUGAUCGAUCCUACCGCUUCCACUUAUUCCAUUAUGCUCAAGGUUGAGAUAAUAUCGAACUCCAAGUCUACUACUACCGGGUUGUCAAACUUGAGCUCAUUGUUCUGGACGGUACGCCAUAUGCUAGCACAUACGGUUAGUGCAGGGUCGCCCUUGAGGACAGGGGAUCUCUUAGCAACGGGCACCAUCAGUGGCGACCAGAAGGGUACCUAUGGCUGUCUUCUGGAGGAAACGGAAGGGGGGAGAACACCUACUCAACUCGAAGAUGGCACCAAUCGUUCUUUUCUAGAGGAUGGUGAUGCAGUUCGUAUCACGGCAAUUGCUGGCGGAGAAGGAUCUGGGGUCGGCUUUGGAGAGUGCACUGGAGAGGUGCUCCCCGCUCGCCCUUCUGAUAAACCGCAUAGGAACGACUAA